UUGCCACAAGCACUUUCAUUGCACUGAUGUGUCGCAGACUUGAGGAGGGGGCGUGUACUGUCACUGUUUGAGCUUCUGUUACGUAAGCCGCUUGAUGCUGUGACCACCAGGCAGAGGAGCUUCAAGAUUUGCCCUUCCAGACCUAUUGGCAGACUGUGGGCCGAAGAUCAAGCAGUGUUUCCAUAGGAAGGAUUUUAAAGCGCAAAGAUGGCGGCUUCCUUGCUGAGGAUAGGGCGACUUGGCUCUCUCAAGUGCGUGCAUGCGGAGAGCUGGGGCUCUUUGAGGAGAGCUCCUGCAGCUGUUGCCUUAUGCACGAAUGCUGGUGGUCCCAAGAAGCCCAAGAAGAGCAGUUCAGAGAAAAAGUCCCAGGGCAAAACAUACUUCGAUAUAGAGAAGCUUGUCCCACACAGAACAUAUGUGGAAUUUCCCAGGAAAGACGUGACACCAGCAGCUGCUGCCGCAGCAGAACUUGCUGCCACCCUCAAACCUUUUGAAGCAGUUGCCGCAGAGCCAAUUGUCGCCGCCACUGAAGCUGUAGCAGCUCCCGCUGCAGUUGAAGCCACACCAGUUGUAGAAACCGUUGCCCUCUCAGGUGAAGCAGUUGCUGAAGCCGCUGCACCGACUCCAGCCGCUGCUCUGACAGCUGAAGCUGCCCCCAUUGUUGAAGCCAUUGCAGUUGAAGCCAUUGCAGUUGAAACCAUUGCAGUUGAAGCCAUUGCAGCCGAAGCCAUUGCAGCCGAAGCCAUUGCAGCCGAAGCCACUCCCGUUGUUGCUGCUGAAGCUGCCCCCGCUGUUGAAGCCAUUGCAGUUGAAGCCAUUGCAGCUGAAGCUGCCCCCGUUGUUGCAGCUGAAGCCGUUGCAGUUGAAGCCACCCCUGCCUUUGAAGCUGCUGCUCCUGCUGCAGCCGACGCUGCCACACCCGCUGUUGAAACUGCCACUGAAGACGCACCCGCUGUCGAAGCCAUUGCACCCGCUGAAGCCGUUGCACCAGCAGCUGAAGCCCCAGUAGAGGUUGCCCCUGCAGAAGCUGCCCCUGUUGAAGCUGCGGCUGAAGCUCAUGUUGAAGCCGUAGCAGAGGUUCCAGUAGAAGCUGACCCAGUUGAAGCUGCUGCAGAAGAUUUGGCUGAAGCUGCCCCCGUUGAAGCUGCAGCUGAAGCCCAUGUUGAAACCGUAGCAGAGGCUCCAGUAGAAGCUGACCCAGUUGAAGCUGCUGCAGAAGAUGUGGCUGAAGCUGCCCCUGCUGAAGCUGCAGCCGAAGCCCCUGUUGUAGCUGAGCUUGUGGCUGAAGCUACUGCUGAGGUUGUGGCUGAAGCUACUGCUGAGGUUGUGGCUGAAGCUACUGCAGAGGUUGUAGCUGGAGCUGCCCCCAUUGACGCUGCCACUGAGGAGCUGGUAGACACCUCCCCUGUAGUGGCGGAGGCUGCAGGAGAGGAGCUGAUUGCAGAGGCCCCGUCUGAUGCAGUACCGAUUGAGGCUUCUGAGGCUCAACUGGACCCCAUCCAGAAGCUAUUCCUGCAUUCGAUCCGCGAGUAUUCCUCAAAGAGCGCGGCUAGUGGUGGUUUGGUAGAUGCAGGCCCUGCUUAUGAGAAGAACUUGGCAGAAGAGCUGACUAAACUACAGAGGCUGUAUGGCGGUGGUGACCUCACAGCUUUUCCAGAGUUCAAGUUCCCAGAGCCCAAGUUGGAGGAAGUUGCCCCCAAGUAAACAUCACCAGUCAACUUUUCUGUUGUCUUUUCCUGUCAAUCUGUUCUUUGAAGCGGACAUCUAGUAAUAAAUGACGUAGGCUACUAUAUCUAAUCAAGGCUAAAAUAAUGUUCAUUAAUUUUGUUUGUGGGGUAUACAGCUGUUUCCGUGUAUCUAGAAAUUCUCUUGCAAAUUAGUCUGUAUUAGACGUACGUGUUGGAGGACAAGCUGAUGCUGCACUUUGAGCUGUGAAAUAUGCUUUUGCAUAGGAUGAAGAUCCAGAAAUGUUUUAAGUUGGAUAAGGGAAAAAUAAACUCUGAUCCAUAUUGUUUUA